CUACUUCAGGAAUGCCAACCGGGAGGCCUUUUACACUGUAAACGAUGACGAGAAUCAGGGAUAUGAAGCCUAUGAGAAUGAUUAUGGCAUGCCAAUGUUCCGGGACAAGAACAACAUUGCCACUAUUGAGGGAGACCACCUAAGUGCCAAUUGGAGCUACCGCAGUGCAUUAAAUAGCCCCUCAAGUUAUGAGAGAGAAUCCAGUCAGCGUCGACACGUGACGACCUCGUGUACUGGGCUCAAUUAUGACACUUAUUACACGCAGUACACUAGUAGAGCUACCCAGACUGCAGUGUACGGGCCUGUACCAGCCACUUAUAUUCCGAAAGAUCAUAUUAACUUGGUGGAGCUUGGAAAGGAGAAUACGACCGAACUGUAACCAGUGAUGCGAUUCAUAUACUUUUCCAAACUGAUUUUAAGUCAGUUAGAUUUUAAACUGGAUUUUACAUAUUCCAGACUAGAGUGAAACAUUUGAUGUAACUUUAUACUUGCAAGCCCCGUCGAAAGUUUAUGGCCUCACAAGUCUUUAUUGUUCGAUAAGUUACAUUUACAUUUUUGAAUUCAACGAUCUUGAUCGUAACUACAUGCACGAGUGGUUGUUGGCUAUUCACGGGUUACUAGAGUAUCCGCGUAUGUUGAGUAUGACCGGUUCUAAGCUUACGAGUGUGACCGUAUUUCUGUUCCUAUAAACAGACGAGGUGAGUACUUGCUUUUUAUGAACACUUUCGAACGUUUUCUUUUUAUCCUACUUGGUCAAUGAAUGAUACUUGGUAUACUUAUAAUGCCAGGCAUAUCACAAGGGGUCUUAAUCAAGAGAAAAUGUAUUAAUAUUAGAUUGAAGCCGUAAAAUCCUAGUUUCCAGCAUCUUUGAUCAGUUUUUGUGUAAC